UCUACAAUACCUACCACAGAUUGGUAAGUUCUCCAGCUUCAGUUGCCUGGCAGUAUCUAUUACUCGCUUUACACCAUCAAGGCAAAGGCCUUCAUACACCCUGUUCCUAACAUUGACAUUACCAUGACGUUUCAACGCUAACUCUGGUCAGCAGUGAUUACCCUCUUAAUUCAUUUCCAUACUCGCCCCUAUCGCAACUAUGUCGGACGAACUCACAAAAGUCGAUUCUGCCAUUGCUGGCUUGUCAAUAAAUUCUAAGGAGGAGAAAGAGGCCGACAAGACGGCGAAGAAGACUCAUAGGCGCCACUCAUCUCAGUCGGAGGGUGUCUGGAACAUCAAGGACUUGGAGGCGAAGAAGAUUGAGUUGACUCUCCCCAUUGAAACGCAAAAGACCGGGUGGAAGCUCAACACUGCGCCGUCUUCAAUCGAGGACAAGGAUAUCCUCAAACUCCAUCUCGUAACCCCCCCGGUGAAGAAGAUUGAUUUGCAUUUCCCGCUGGGAUUGGAAGUGACUGCUCGUAAUCUCAAGGGAGUCACAGUCAAGGACGCGCUGGACGCUAUCCACAAGCAGUUCAAAAAGAAGGCUGAUGAUGAGUUGGAUAAACCUUACCUUGCUGGUUUCGAGUGGGACAAGGAAGAGUGCUGGACACGCCUAAUCGUCCACCAGACAAAGCAAACCUCGGUCCAACAGACCUCCAGUAAGAAGUCCAAGAAGAAGAAGGAAGAGGCAUAGAACGGGCAUGUAUACUGGUGUGUUAAAUGCCAAUGGUUGCUCUUCUUUGUCCGUACCGGGCAUACUUUUCAGACUUAAUUAUUUCUCUCAUCUUGCUUCUUAGCACUUCCUUACAGAGCUUGUUUGGGAUGUAGAAGCCUGAGUUAGAGGGUGAUUUCUUUACGUAGCUUGAUUUGAUUCUUCAAUCUCAAUAUUACUCCACUUCUGUCUUCAGUCCUUACCUGUUUCGGCGGUCCGACUAGUCUUCUUAUUGGGAUGAAGGUUAAGGGCAAGCCCAUGCUCUUCGCCCUCAGUAGAAGGAAUUCCACUCAUUCUUGCUGCUGACACCGACAUUCUGAGGAACGGUGUUCUUCAUGAUUUCAAAACUGGAAAACCUGGAGACUAUGCCCAAGAAUUAAUUACGCACAAUAGCUAUUUAGUUUUCUGUCGUGCAUUCUAUGUUCAAGAGAAACAACCAAAACCCAGAGCACUAUGGUCUAACACUGAUGCAAAUAUACGAGUCUUUCUC